UGCAGACGCUCUAGCCGUGGCUGGCAACCUCUGAGCUACAGUCUCCUGAGACUCGCAGAGUUGAACAGCUGGGGGGCGCUGGGUGGCCGGUGCUCUCGCUCGGACUGGUGGCGCGGAAGCCGCUCGCUGUCUGCUCUCCUGCGGAGAAGGGCUGAUGGAUGGAUUGAUGGAAGGAAGGAGGGGGGAGUUCCUCGUCGUUCUCUAGCCAGUGUCGGGAUUAGCCGAAUUCCAGCGGCUGCGGCAGGAGCCGAGUGAGUGACCGUUCUGCCAAGCCCUGGCUGGGCUGAGCCGAGCGGGCUAAUCCCCAGCACGGAACCAGGCGGCUCACUCAUCUCUCUCUUUCCCCUUCACCACCCCACCCCCUUUUCUUUAAAACAUUUCUGCCUCUGUUUAUGGACCGGCCAUGGCCACCUUGGUCUGCAGGGUCCAGUUCCUCGAUGACACCGAUCCGUUCAAUAGCACCAACUUCCCGGAGCCCACCCGCCCCCCGCUCUACACUUUCCGACUGGACAUCUCGCUUAUCAAUCAGAUCGCGGGGCUGCACCGACUUCUCCAGGCGCCGCACAAGCUUGAUGAUUGUGCGUUGCAGCUGUCUCCCAAUGGCACCUACCUGGAUCUGGAGUCUAACCUGGCUGAACAGAAAGAUGAAUUGGAAGGCUUCUUGGAUGAUCCAGGGAGGGGAAAGAAACACAGCAUGAUCUUGCGCACACAGCUCUCGGUUCGAGUUCAUGCCUGCAUCGAAAAACUCUACAACUCCUGUGGCCGGGAACUCAGAAGAGCGCUUUUUUCACUCAAGCAGAUAUUCCAGGACGACAAGGAUUUGGUCCACGAGUUUGUCGUUGCUGAGGGUCUGACAUGUUUGAUAAAAGUGGGAGCAGAAGCAGACCAGAACUACCAGAAUUACAUCCUGAGAGCCCUUGGCCAGAUUAUGCUUUAUGUGGAUGGAAUGAAUGGGGUGAUUGGCCACAAUGAAAGCAUCCAAUGGUUGUAUACGCUCAUAGGCUCAAAGUUCCGCCUGGUGGUGAAAACAGCCCUGAAGUUGUUGCUGGUGUUCGUGGAGUACACAGAGUCGAACGCACCACUGUUCAUCCAGGCAGUCACCACUGUGGACCACAAGAGGGGUGUGAGGCCUUGGUCAAAUGUCAUGGAAAUACUGGAAGAAAAGGAUGGGGUUGACACAGAGCUUCUCGUUUACACAAUGACUUUGAUCAAUAAGACAUUGGCAGGAUUGCCUGAUCAAGAUUCCUUCUAUGAUGUAGUGGACUGUCUGGAAGAACAAGGGAUGGAAGCUAUUUCACAGAGACACUUGAACAAAAAAGGAACGGACUUGGACUUGGUGGAACAAUUCAAUAUUUAUGAGAUGACCCUAAAACAUGAAGAUGGAGAUGAAGAUGUUAGUAUAAGCGGUCGCAAAGACAGACGGAGAUCAAGCCUUGGUACGACUGAACGACGUGGCUUAGAACGACGGAGAAGUCGAAGGCAUUCUAUCCAGAAUAUCCAGACCUCAUUGUCUGGCUCUGCCAGCCCAAGCAGUCCAUUGCCUGGCCAAUUAACUCCAAAUUUCCUGUCACCCAAUGGCCAGAGGCUUGAAGACCUCAAUGAAAACAACUAUGUAGUUCAGCACCAGAUGACCCACCAGGCUGAUGAAGCAAGUGACACUGAGGAUGUAUUUGGGGCAAUUCUCACACCGCCUAAUGCAGUUGAGGAAUACGAGGAGGAGGAGGAGGAGGAGGAGGAGGAAGAGACUGAAGAAGAGCAGCCAGUUACUGAACCUAAUACUGAGGAUGAGGGGGAACAAGACCCCUAUUUUCAGGGUCAGGAAAGUGGGUUGAAGCCAGAUGCAGCAAAUGAACAAGCAGACAGUAGCCUCCAGAGUACAAAAUAUGUAGCAAGCUUUAUUCCGGUGCCUGAAGAGAGAGGAUCAUCUUCCAGCUGCUUCCAGUCUUCUGAAACAAGCAGCCUUUCGGCCACCUCUCCUCCUCAGUCACCCGGUUCUCCAGGUGGUUGCCAGCAUCCUCUGCAGCUAUCAUCAUUGCCAUCGUCAUCGUCAUCCAUUGUCAUCCCUCUUUCACCAGACGCUUUGCCAAGCAGCCCUCAAGAUUCCACCGCAAAUAUUAACCAAGCUGUCUCUCCCACCGUUGAGAAGUUGCCAUAUCUUCCUCAUUCACCUUUCCAUCUGUUCUCAUACGAUCUGAGUGAAAUUCCUUCAAGAGUCAAAGAAAAGGAAGCAGAAAUGAGGCAAAACAGUCAGUCGGAAUCUUCCUACACGAGCAAAUGCACUGACUCUUUUGAACCUUAUUCAUCCAGGUCUUCAAAUAGAUACAGCAGCCAUGGCAGCAGUGCCUACUCAGGAUCUCGACUAUACUCUGGGCCCAAUGCACCCACCAGCUCCAGCUUUCACUGCAAGACAUCCAUCUCACCUGCUCCUGAAGCAAAAUCUGAGAGGCCAGCACUGGGAGGUCUUUUAUCGUCCUCCUACCGACAACACCAGGAAUCAUUGGCAGCGGAGCGAGAGAAACGGCGCCAGGAGAGGGAGGAAAGGUUACAGCGGAUAGAACGCGAAGAAAGAAACCGAUUCAAUCGGGGGUAUAUCGAAAAACGAGAAGAGCAGAGACUGGCACGAGAAGAAAGAUACAAGUACCUGGAGAAAUUAGCAGCCGAGGAAUAUGAGAAGGAGUCCAGGAAUCGGGUGCCGCGAGCACGCAGUGACCUUUCCCUCAGCCUGAGUUCAUCUCCCGCCCCACACUGUGCGACACCCCCUCCAGGGUCUUGGCAAGAGCAGAAGUCCCCAUCCACGCAUUGUGAACUGCCUCAGCCGAUAGAACUCCCUGCAAGUGAGCCAGAGCAGGAGCAGGAGCCCGAGCCUGUGUCAGAGCCCGUAGCAGAAGCUGAACGACAAGCCGAGGUGGUCAGCGAGGGAAGACUUGCGGACCUGGGACCGGAGCUGGAGAGAGAACAGAGAGCUGACCGAGAGCCAGAAGAAAAUGUAGCACUGAGUGAGAAGGAGAGGCAGAACGACGAGCUGAACGAGAAAGAUAACUGUUCGGCAUCCAGCAUCUCCUCUGCCAGCAGCACUUUAGAAAGAGAAGAAAGGGAAGACAAAGUAACCAGUGACAAUGAAACUGGUAAAUGGACGCAGAGCAUUAAGGAUGUCAAUGUAAAUGAUCAGAGCAGCACUAUUCUCAACAACAAACGGUUCAUGUUGGACAUGUUGUAUGCGCAGAACAAAAGUGGAGAUGAUGAUGAGGAGAAACAGCCUGGGAAGAACGAGGAGGAGAAACAAGAAUCGCUUGCGAGUCUGGCCAGUCGGAUCUCCAUCCUACAGGCCAACAAGCAGGCCAAUGAGGACAAUGUGAAGAAAAUGGAGAUUGACAAUUUAGAGAACCAAGGGAGUGUGAAAGCUUUUGCUAAUAAGUUUAACAGCGGGGAGCUGAGCAAAGGACUUGCUUUAUCUGACAGUGAAACAACCACUAAGACCAUGGACAAAGUGACUGCACCACCCAAAAAGGAGUCUGAUUAUAUCUGGGAUCAACUAUUGGCCAAUCCACGGGAACUAAAAAUCAAAGACAUAGACUUCACAGAUCUGGAAGAGGAGGAUGAUGUGGAUGUGUUAGACAUGGACACUCUGCUUAGCUCUGGAGACUCGAUCCUUCCUCCACCACCUCCCCCACUUUUUUUCAUGGGCUUGCCCCUCCCUCCUCCACCCCCUUCACUGCAUUGCCCACCUCCGCUUCCAGUACCUGGCAUGGGGGUGCCCCCGCCUCCACCGAUGGGUAUGUAUCAACAGUUUGGGUCGCACCACCCAUCCAGGGGUGAGCCAAUGUUCAUGAAGAAAAAGAAAACCAUCAGGCUCUUCUGGAAUGAAGUCCGACCAAUUGACUGGCAGUUCAAAAAACACAGACGAUGCAAGGACCCACUUUGGACCCUACUGGAGCCUGUGAAAGUGGACAUAGCCAAGCUGGAACAUCUCUUUGAAACUAAAUCCAAAGAGCUGCCAGUCACCAAGAAAACUGUUGCAGAUGGGAAGAGACAGGAAGUGAUUGUGUUAGACUCAAAGAGGAGUAAUGCCAUUAACAUUGGAAUGACCGUAUUACCUCCUCCAAGAACAAUCAAGACUGCAAUUCUUAACUUUGAUGAAUAUGCCUUGAACAAAGAAGGAAUAGAGAAAAUCUUGACCAUGAUUCCUACUGAAGAAGAAAAACAGAAGAUCCAAGAGGCCCAGCUGUUGAAUCCUGACAUUCCCUUGGGCUCUGCAGAACAGUUUCUUCUAACCUUGUCUUCCAUUAGUGAACUCUCAGCGAGACUACAGCUCUGGGCCUUCAAACUUGACCAUGAAACAGUGGAGAAGGAAGUUGCAGAGCCUCUACAGGAUUUGAAAGAAGGAAUGGACCAGUUAGAGAAAAAUAAAACUUUAAGAUACAUCCUGGGUACAUUACUGGCAAUAGGGAACUUCUUAAAUGCAUCAAAUGCUAAAGGGUUCGAGCUGGGGUACUUGGAGAAAGUUCCAGAGGUGAAGGACACGGUACAUAAGCAAUCUCUUCUCCAUCACAUUGCAACCAUCGUGGUGGAAAAAUUUCCGGAUAGUUCCGACCUGUACUCUGAGAUUGGGGCCAUCACAAGGUCAGCCAAGGUUGACUUUGAUCAGCUUCAAGAAAACCUUUGUCAAUUGGAGAGGAGAUGCAAAGCUUCAUGGGAUCAUUUAAAGGCAAUCGCAAAGCAUGAAAUGAAGCCCUCCCUGAAGCAGAAGAUGUCUGAAUCCCUGAAGGACUGUGCCGAGAGGAUCAUCAUUUUAAAAAUCGUUCACAGAAGAAUAAUAAACAGAUUCCAUGCCUUUCUGCUAUUCAUGGGACAUCCCGCGCAUGCAAUCCGAGACGUGAACAUCCACAAGUUCUGUAAGAUUAUCAGCGAGUUCGCUCUCGAAUAUCGAACCACCAGGGAGCGGGUGCUUCAACAAAAGCAGAAACGAGCCAAUCACAGAGAGAGAAACAAGACCAGAGGCAAAAUGAUUACAGAUACGGAUGAAGAUGAUGAUGUUGAGACAGGGAAGUUCUCCAGCAACACGGCAACUGUCUCAACUGAUAUCCAGCCACAGGGACUAGACUAUGCAGAAGAGGCAGCGGAACAUGAAAAUAUGAAAGCGGUUCUUAAAAUGUCUCUUUCAAGUGGAGAAGUUACUGCAGGAGUCCCAGGUGUGCGAACCCGAAUGAGAGCAAGCAGAGGCCGUGUUGGCUCGUGGGCUCCAGGGAAUGACGACUCCCCAAAUGCCACAGACGAUGCUGCAGAUGAAAUAAUGGAUCGGAUUGUAAAGUCAGCGACUCAAGUGCCAAACCAGCGAGCCGUGCCUAGAGAGCGGAAGCGAUCUCGUGCAAACAGGAAGUCUCUAAGAAGAACAUUAAAGAAUGGCUUGACACCUGAAGAGGCCAAAGCACUUGGUCUGGUCAGCACUUCUGAGAUGCAAGUGUGAAAUUAAUUGAGCAUGAACUGCGACAGAAAACAUCACUAGCACCUGAGCAAGGCACUGCUAGGAAAUCCAACUGCCGACCAUUUGCUGCUCAUGGUAUCCAGUCAUCACCCAGCUCCAUUCAUCAUAUGCUGCGUAUGAGAAACAAGAGCUGCUAGAAAGAGAUGGCACAUUUGGCACUAAAUUUCUGACGGCUUUUUUUAAAAAAACAAAAUAAAUCAGGAUUGUUCAGAAAUAUUUAUACCUAGGUAAAAGUAUGCUUUUUAAAACCAAAACUGAAUUGAUUAGAAGACUUUAAUGGGUAAGCUGUUGUAUGUGAUAUGUUUACAUUGGCUUUACUUGUAACGUAUUUGUGCAGCAGUAACGUGCACCAUUUCUGUGUAAAUGCCAGGCCUUAAAGAGACAGUCUGCUGAUGUUGGCUCGCCACAACCCCGGCUGCCUGUCAGGAGGUGUAGGAAGGAACUGCAGAUGCUGGUUUAAACCAAAGAUAGACACAAAGAGCAAGAGUAACACAGCGCGACAGGCAUCA